AGGCUGUGCGCCUUGUCGCAGCUGAGAAUAAAGCCAGCAAGCCACAGUAACAAGCACAAGACCGGCUUCUAUUCUACAGCUGGAUUAUUUAUUUCUUUUAUACUGCACCCAAGACAAAGAAGUCACCAAAGGCGACAGCAUUGGAAAGUGAUCACCAAGUUUUAUUUUUUACAAGACAAACCCGAGUUGGACUUUCUCUGUGUACAGACCCCUACCCUGGUGAGGAGAGCUAUGGUCAAUAUGGAGAUUUGUGGCAUGGAUUGUAGCACCAUGAGAGCACUGCUGUCGGAGAGGGCGCACACAUGCCUGGUGCUGGACUGUCGCUCGUUCUUCUCGUUCAGCUCGUCCCACGUCAUCGGCUCCAGCAAUGUCAGGUUCAGCACCAUCGUGAAAAGGAGGGCUAAGGGCAGCAUGGGCUUGGAACACAUCAUCCCCAACGAGGAGCAGCGGUGCCGGCUGAUCGCCGGGCUUUACGAGGCGGUGGUGCUGCUGGAUGAGCGGAGCUGCGAGCUGGAGAGCCUGAGGAAGGACAGCACCAUGAUGCUGGCGGUCAGCGCCUUGUGCAGGGACCCCCGGGGCAGCAGGAUCUUCUUUCUGAAAGGUGGAUAUGAAGCCUUUUCCUCCCAGUGUCCUGAAUGUUGCAGCAAAUGUUCUCCCCCCGUUGGACUAAGCUUGCCCCUGAGUGCCAGCAGUGUGCCAGGCAGUGCCGACUCCAACUGCACACCCUGUGGGACCCCACUGUAUGAUCAGGGGGGACCAGUGGAAAUCCUGCCUUUCCUCUACCUGGGCAGCGCAUACCACGCAUCCAGAAAAGACAUGCUAGAUACUCUUGGCAUAACCGCUCUGAUCAAUGUUUCUGCUAACUGCCCCAACCACUUUGAAGGACACUAUCAGUACAAGAGCAUCCCAGUGGAAGACAGUCACAAAGCAGACAUCAGCUCCUGGUUCAACGAAGCCAUUGACUUCAUAGACUCUGUCAAAAAUAAAGGGGGAAGAGUGUUUGUCCACUGCCAAGCUGGCAUCUCACGUUCUGCUACAAUCUGCCUUGCUUAUCUUAUGAGGACUAACCGCGUGAAGCUGGAUGAAGCUUUUGAGUUUGUCAAGCAGAGAAGGAGCAUUAUCUCCCCUAAUUUCAGUUUCAUGGGACAGCUGCUUCAGUUUGAAUCACAAGUUCUAGCACCUUCCUGUUCCGCAGAGGCUGGUAGCCCCACAAUAUCAGUUUUGGACAGGGGAACAUCUACCACUACUGUCUUCAAUUUCCCAGUCUCUAUCCCUGUCCACCCAGCAGCAAGCUCAUUGAGUUACCUUCAAAGUCCAAUCACUACAUCGCCAAGCUGCUAAGGUAUACAGCUAAAGAGCCUGAACUGGAACACAUGGACUGUAUGUGUUAUUUUAAGUGCAAUACUUUUUAAACACUUUUUGUUUUUAUCAUCAACUUUUUUUGCUUUUAAGCCUUCAGUCAACUAGACGUGAAGGACAAGUUUUAACAACCAGAUGAACUGGUGAAACCACAGAUGACAUACAACUGACAUGACUUGUCAUGAUUUUGGACAUACGUCCUUACCACUAAGGAUCUCGAGAAAGACAGGUCACUAUUGCCUUUUGUUUUACGUCUGAUUAUUGUUUGAUUAUAAAUCUCCGUUUAAUGGGGAUUCAACAGUAUUUCCAUUCCUGAACUUUUUGUACUGCUAAAGUUGAAGAAAGGUUGCGGCCUAUAAAUUGUAGAAUAUGUACGUCCUUUUAUUUAUACUUCAAGCUUCGUCCUGCCUUCAGAAGCCUAAGAUUUCAGGUUUUUUUUUUUUUUUUUUUUCAACGAAGCAAAGGAGAAAUACCUCAGUAUUUUCUGGUACUGUAAUUCCUGUUUGUAAUUCAAGACCAGCUUCAGUUUCCAAAGCACUGAUGAAAAAAAGCACUAGGCCGGAGCCUUCUUCUGAGUUUGCUGACUAUUGUAUAUAUGCUCUGAUUUAUUUAUGAUGCAAAAUAAUAUAUUCCUUCUCCUGGGAGAAGACCAUUUUUAAUACAGAACUAUGACCUUUUUAUACAGAUUAGAAUAAAUUAUGACUUUAUACUGAAA